GCCUUGUCUUUUCUGGGGAUCGGCCCUCAGACGGCGGUGGAGGAGUGGUUACCCCAGAGCCGUGCGGAUGGAGGGGUCAGAAAUGCUGGCGGCUCGGACGAGAGCGGUCGGGGGCGGGGAGCUAAGGCGCCGUUGGGAAGGGGAAGAGUAGGGAGAGGCGUGGGAGCGAGCGGCACGGAGAUCGCGGGCCCGGACUGUGGGGACAGCUUGAGGGAGACAGAUGGACGGCUUGGAAGCCGGCACGAUUGCGGAUGAGGGUUAAGUUCGGAAUGGAGUGGAGAAGAUGUAGGAUGGAGGGAAGUGCAGGAAGGGGAGGGAGAAUAGAGGAAAAUGUGGGAGGAGUGGUUGGGAAUUUUUGAGUAGCAGGCAGGAAGGGAUGGGAAACUGGGCAGGGGCUGCAGAAGAUAAGAAUGAGCGGGAAGGUUAACGGGAAUCAGAAAGAAAUGGGCCCGGAGCUGAAGGAUUCAGCGGGGUUCCAUUAAGGGGAACUGGUGACUUGACAUGUCCUUUCAGCUCAGGUUCCUGAUGUGUCUCCCAUUUUUCUGGCGUUGUGUGGGAAAACGAAAGCAUCACUUGCCCUGGUUGCUAGCUUGAUCCUUUUCACAGGCCCAAACACGCAGCUGACUGCCAUUCAUCCCCUUUAGUGCUAUGGUCUUGAUUCAUCCUUUUAAGGGGGGUUAGAGUGGCAUUGUGUCACAAAACAGUUCUUCAGUAUGAAAUGUUAGAAGUUAUUCCCAAGAGACACAGUGACCCCUUGUCCUACAGUUUUCAGUUCAAGGUAAAUCCAUGGUUAAUUCAGAUUUUCCUUUUCUGCCCUGACUUUCCAUCUUGCAAAUCUCCAAAGCCAGAAGGAUGCUGGUGUGUGCCAGAGUUAUAAAUGACUGGAUAUCCUUGAGAGUUAAUGGUCCCUCCUGCAUCAUGUUCCAGUUCUUCCACGGAGAUCUUGCUUGUGUCCUCCUUAUGAUGGCGCUUUAGGCACUGGAAGCCAAAUUUUGACUUUGUGUCGGUGAACCGGGGAACACCAGGGAGUGUUGGAGGGGGACUUCCUAGACAUACCUAGUUUAAAGGAUGUUUUCACUUGAGUGCAUUAAAAGUUCAUGAUCCUGGUAAUCACAGGGACACAUAGAGCCAUGAAAUUCAUAGUGUUUAAGAAUUAACCACAACAUACUGUAAAAGGAGAAAUAGGACAGGUCAUCUUAUUCAGGUUGAUCAUAACACUUAGAAAGCUUUCCUUCCUCUGACCUAGCUACAAAUGGUAGCCCUGGUGAUCUUAGUAGGGAUUUUGCUCCCUUAACCCUUGGCAGAAGGUUGGGUUCCAGCGGAGAGGCUUUCUCCUGUGAGAUGUAUACUUUGUCUUAUUUUGCAUUCAUUUAGGAGAGAGGCUUUUAUUACCUAAACUUUGCAAAUAUAUUUUGCAUCCACAAAAUUUGGCAGGGGUGCAUUCCGGUUUUGGAGGUUUGUUAAAGGAAUCGUGAUGUGCCUGAAAAGGCUUAGAUCUAGUACUAAAAUGCACAUAUGCGUAUAUAUCUAUUUUGUUUGGUGCUAGCCUGAUACCCUCUACAUACUGUGAAUACCUUUGGGAAAUGUUCAGCUAGAAACAUUUGAGAGAAGACCGGAAAGCAUGUAGCCAGAAAGUGUCAGUUGACCUUUCAUUUCACUGGCAUUUAAAAGCUUUUACAGAGGUUUGCAUUAUUUUCUCAAAAGCAUUUGUUGUUUGAGUUGCUCAUUUUGACAGUUAACUGUCAGUUAUGGCCUGCAUUGCCAGUCUCACCUCGAUUAUUUCUGUAUGGGGUCAAGUGCUGGGAGUAUAACUUGUGUUUCUCAAACACAUGCAUUGAUUCUCUGCCAGGUGAGAGGUGGGAAUGACUGGUUGCUGAUUGUGGUUUGAAAGGAGACUGAUUUGAUAAAUUGGAAAAUGUGGAACCUAUUCUAGUUGUUGCUGUUGCAAAGGAAGAUCUCCACAGGCCACCGCGGAAGUGGAUGGGAGGUUUGUUCUUGGUGCCUAGUGAACAUUUCUGUCUAACAAGUCAAGUUCACAGCAGAGAGUUGGACAAGGAGAGCUGGGUUGAAAUUUAAAGUUAUAUUGGUUGUCAGGACAGAAUCGGUGGAUUUUUUUUAAACAAUGGAGUUAAUUCAGAGAAUGUGAUGCUAACAGAUCAAGCUAAGUCAACAUACACGUUGACACAUAGAGCCAUAGAUGAUUAUUCUCAGGCAUUUUAAAGAAAGUAUUUUUCUCCUUUGUUUCACAUCUUUUUAUCUUCUCUUCUUUAUCUACUUCCUGUGGUUGCCCAGAAGCCACUAUUCCAGCAGUGGAAGGGGAGAGGACACAGAUAAAAAGGCAAAGGGGAGUGGGACUAGCAGCCAGCAAUCCUUGCCGCACCAGAGUGCACAGAGAUUAACCUACCAGAAAUGAUACCCCUGAGGGCAACUGGGUGAAGAUGGGAGAAUUUUGAUAAUAAAGAUGAUUUUGGACCAAAGCCAAUAUCAUGUAGGGCUCACAGAGAAAUAUUCAAAGGGAAUCCACACUGCCAGAAGCAAAGGGAUACCCAGGAAAGAACCAGAAGUGCAUAUUUGCUUCCAGUCAUGAAUCUCUGAGUAAUUCCAGGCUGAGGAAAAGACCACUUUCCUAGUAGCAACGCCCCCUGGAUCUCAGUUAAAAUUGAAGCUGGACUUGCACCUUUCCUGAGGAAGCAGAAUUUGGAGCUCAGUUUGACUUUUCGUGUGGUUGAUAAGGUUUUUAAGUCGGGAAGAAGAAUUAAAUUCAGUAGUCAACAUUAUUCUCUUUUUUUAAUCCCACCCAUAUAAGCACUCAAUUGCAAAGGUUCCUCCCCCCUCCCAUAAUAGAAUGGAAUGAGAAAUUUGUUAAUAGCUAUCUUUAAACACAGCAGUAUUCUUAACCCAUAAAAAGACCUUGGCUUUCUCCAUUCUUACCAUGUCCUAGGAAUGUGACCUCUGAUGGCAAGACCAGUAACCUGAAAAGCAGAAUUGAAAACUAAUAUAAUAAUGCAUGUCAACUGUAAUUGAAAAAUAUUUUUAAUGAUUUAAAAAAUAAAAAAUGAUACUUUGGACUCAUUUUUCAAUUUAAUUACGAUUCUUUCAAGUACUUGAUUACUUUUUUCCCCUCCCUGGCCACAUUUAUUUCAGGAAUGCGCUUGUCUGAGACCUAUAUAGCUGAGGUUUCUUAGAUCCCUCUUGUGACUUAAAACGGCAGGAUUUUGAUGAGCUCUAGAUAGAUAGAUACAGAAGUGUCAUUUCUAAAGUACUUACUAGAUCUGGUUCACUAUGCAGAGCUUGUCCAAGAGCACGCAGAUUGCAUCUAAAAGACAUAGUCCAGAAAAACAGCUCUGUAGCAGGCGUCUCUUGACACCACAGUAUAUUCUGGGUAGCUGCUGCUCUGCAGUAAUGCAGCCCUGUCUUUCUGGGCAGUGUUGUUAUUCCUGCUGCAUAAUUAGCAACUAGUGAGAUCAUAGUCUGGGGAGAUUCUGGCAUUACUGAGGCAAAGCAGGGAGGCCUCUAUCAUCACACGUGGCUCUGGCUCUGACAGCAUUUCUGUCGAGCAGAUUUACCUCCUUGGGAACUGACGUCCCAAGACAGAGGAGAGAUCUGUAUCCAGGCUCCUUGGUUCUGUGACAGCUUGUUAAAGACACUGCCUGCCAUAUAGAUGUAACCAGAGUAAAUUGUCACUGCUUUUGCUAUUGUUUCCCCCUUGCCGGUUUCUUCGCAGAGGGCGAAGGUGGGAAAGCUGAGUUUUCCUUGCACAGAGGAAGGUGAUAGACCAGCAGAGCCCUGUUUUAUGGAGCAGUAUGAGAUUGGGAAAGGUUCUGGGUUUUGAACCAGUGCAGAUUCUAAUCUUCACUCCAUUGUUUAGAACCAAAUUUGACCUUUUUAGGAGCCCGGAGAGACACUUUAUACUUGUGAAGACCUGGGUAAAGCGUUUCCCUGGCUGCUGCUGUACUUUGAAAUUGAGAGCCUGGAGCAGUAUUUCCCAAAGUGUGUUCCAAGGAUCAUUUGCCCCCUAAAAUACUCUGGAAAACAAAGGUUCCCUAAUCAGAAUCCUAAUGCACCUGGCUAGCUGGUGGUGAGCGGGGGCUCUGGGGCCAACGCGGUGGGCUCCCCAAGGAAACCCCUUUGAAACCAAUGGAUGCAUUCACGGGCUCGGGUCUCAAGAGGAAGUUUGAUGAUGUGGAUGUGGGCUCAUCAGUGUCCAACUCAGAUGAUGAGAUCUCCAGCAGUGACAGUGCUGACAGCUGCGACAGCCUCAAUCCUCCUACAACUGCCAGCUUCGCACCCACCUCCAUCCUGAAGCGGCAGAAGCAGCUGCGGAGGAAGAAUGUGCGCUUCGACCAGGUGACUGUGUACUACUUUGCCCGGCGCCAGGGUUUUACCAGUGUGCCCAGCCAGGGCGGUAGCUCUCUGGGCAUGGCUCAGCGUCAUAAUUCUGUACGCAGCUACACGCUCUGUGAGUUUGCUCAGGAGCAGGAGGUGAACCAUCGGGAGAUUCUUCGUGAGCACCUGAAGGAGGAGAAACUCCACGCCAAGAAGAUGAAGCUGACCAAGAAUGGGACAGUGGAGUCGGUGGAGGCCGAUGGCCUGACACUGGAUGAUGUUUCCGAUGAAGAUAUUGAUGUGGAAAAUGUGGAGGUCGAUGAUUACUUCUUCUUGCAACCUCUGCCUACCAAACGGCGACGGGCCCUGUUGAGGGCUUCUGGGGUGCACCGCAUUGAUGCUGAAGAGAAGCAAGAACUUCGAGCCAUCCGCCUGUCACGGGAAGAGUGUGGUUGUGACUGUCGACUGUAUUGUGACCCAGAAGCGUGUGCUUGUAGCCAAGCUGGGAUUAAAUGCCAGGUGGAUCGCAUGUCCUUUCCGUGUGGCUGCUCCCGGGAUGGCUGUGGGAACAUGGCUGGGCGCAUUGAAUUUAACCCAAUCCGGGUCCGGACUCAUUACCUCCACACCAUCAUGAAGCUGGAGCUGGAGAGCAAGCGGCAGGUGAGCCGCCCGCCUGCCCCAGAUGAGGAGCCCUCGCCCACCACCAGCUGCAGCCUGACCGGAGCGCAGGGGUCUGAGACGCAGGACUUCCAGGAGUUCAUUGCUGAGAACGAGACGGCAGUGAUGCACCUCCAGAGUGCGGAGGAGCUGGAGCGGCUCAAGGCAGAGGAAGACUCUAGCGGCUCUAGUGCCAGCCUGGACUCCAGCAUAGAGAGCCUGGGUGUUUGUAUCCUGGAGGAGCCCCUGGCCGUCUCCGAAGAGCUGUGUCCAGGCCUGACAGCUCCCAUUCUCAUCCAGGCUCAGCUGACCCCAGGCUCCUCGGUCCUGUGUUUUACCGAGAACUCGGACCACCCAGCUGCUUCAGCAGUGACCAGUCCGUCCUAUUUGAACAGUGGGCCCCUGGUCUAUUAUCAGGUGGAGCAGAGGCCAGUCCUGGGGGUGAAAGGAGAGCCUAGUACAGGAGAAGCCCCACCGUCUUUCCCCAAGGAGAAGGAUCUCAGUGUCUUCUCUCUCCCUGUUACCUCACUGGUGGCUUGUAGCCCCACAGACCCAGCGGCCCUCUGUAAACCAGAGGUCGGGAAAACACCCACUCUAGAAGCGCUAGUGCCCGAAGAUUGUAACCCUGAGGAGCCGGAGAACGAAGACUUCCGCCCCUCGUGGUCCCCCUCGAACCUCCCCUUCAGCACGGACAGUGAAGGAAGCUGUGUGGUGGAGAAGACCUCGCAGCAGGGCGAGGACCGGCCCCCUGAAGACCCUUCUCUGGAACUUCCUCUGGCAGUGUGACAUGCAGAGAGAGAUUCUGCCUCUUACCCUUCUCUAUUUAUUCCCUUAUUUUAUCUAACACCGUUUCAGAACAAACUGUAGAAGCAGCUGCUGCUCCUAUGUUAUUUUAUUGGGGUCUUUGGGGAAUGGGUGGGAAAGGAUUGUUUGUACAAGUAUUUUUAAAAGGGUUAACAGAAUCAAGGAGACCAGCCCCAGCUUGAUCUGGGGAUAGUCUUGGGGCAGAGGCUGCACAGUGCCCAAUACUGCGCUUUCUGGGCCACUGGAACAAAGAACUAGGAUCUCACAGGAGAAUCUAGGUAAUUCAAGCAGCUGUUCUUUAUGUAGGGAUCAGAAUACAUAAUUUGAACAGCAUGGCAAAACCCCUUCUCUCCUGAGCUCCAGGGCAGGGUACAAGCUCAUUUUUCUCGGUAGCUACUCCGAUAUCCCAUUUUGGUGUGUUGUAACAACCGUUGGAAAUGUUGCCUGGAGAGGAGGGGGUAGAAGGGCCUCUGCCUCUGUACAAAACCUCUAGGAUUUAUAAAAAUUUAACCUGGCCUCCCCAGUCCCCCAUUUGGUAAAUAAGUUAAUAUUUGACAUGUUUGGUGUUCUCUGACUUGUUCCCCACACUGGGGAUUCCUGGUUUGUAACUUGAAUUGUUUCUUUCUCAUGUUCUUAGGUACUAGGGUUUAACUCAUCUGUUUGUCUCCCCUCCCCACCCUUGGCCUGCCUUGAAGAGCUAGAUUGGCCAGGGACGUGGCACAAAGAGCCCGAGUCUUCUGUGUGUGUCUAACACUAGCUCCAUCAGGCCGCUCUAGGCUGGGCCCACGGAGGCGUACAUGGAGCGCUAAGUGUAUCCAAAGGAGGCCGCAGGAGCAGACGGCAGCUGCAAAGGUGUUGACUUUGUGCCGUGCUUGCUUUCAGCCAGGCACCACCCUCCCCCCCUUGGGAGAUUUGAGCUUUAAAGGAAUAUAGGAUGUGGCAGUCUAAGGUCACCAACCAGUUUUGGGUUUUGUUUUUUUCCUGUAUCUACCCUGGUGGUCCUUCUUGGAUAUACGGGGUUGGAGAUUUAUACCAUUCCAGUUCACCCCCAAGAGCUACAAAUAUUUAUUAGACCCCUCCAUCUUGAUAUAUAAAAAUUGGAAGUGAAAAAAAAAUUGGAUGCCAAAUAAAUUCUUAAAUGCUACAUACAACUUCCACAUUCCAAAGAAUUCAAGUUCUGCUGACCCCCUCCGAGGUCUAGAGCAGGACUCAGACCCAGUUCUUACCUCUGCCUGGGCACACGGCUCCUGCCCCUCUCACGUCCAGCUUUCGUUCCUGCGUGCGCGCCACUGAACUCAUCAGCAAGGUUAUCUUUGCUUUAAAAUGGAGAUAAUAGGGAGCAAGACACUCUGCUCUAGCAUCCUUUACAACAUGCUUUGCUGGUUAUGGUUCAUUAACCAGGGUAGAACAAAGUGGAAAACCUUUCUUGAUGGGGGAGAUCACUGUUCCUGCUUAUCUUGCUCAUAAAGCCUCUUCUUGUGGGACACAGACCCUGGGGUCUUGGAGCAGCCUUCAUGUAUGUUCCAGCAGCACUUCACCUGUAAAAUCGCUGAACUGAGCCUGACAGGCCUUGUACUUAACACGCAGACAUCUUUUAACCCACCCGCCUCCCCGUUCCUGGCGGGGAGGGUUCUUAGUUAAGUACAUGGGUCCUUAACACUCCCCAUCCUCUAGCCUCACGAGACAGAGUUGAGAGCCUUACGUACCUGAGAUCUAGAAGCUAUUCCAAACCAAUCUGCAACCCUCCCCACCCCGCACCUUAGACUGGUCCCCUGAAAUACAAGACUGAAGCUUGAUUGGAAAUUGGACUCUGUGGAGAAGAAUCUGUCUGAAAGUUUGUGUUGGAGGGUGUGCUGUAAACAUUCCCUCCUUAGGAAGGGUUCCCACUCUAGGAAGUGUUUCCAGUUGCUCAGAGACACAUUAGCCUUUGGGAUCAAAGCAAGAUUUUGAGUCUAAUUUAUUAAACUCAUUGCCAACCCCCAUGAUGAUGACUUUUCUGAAGAAACUAGUUUUCUUCAUCUAAACCCUUCAUUAGCUCUACAAUUCUGACUCACACUGAUCCUAAGCUUUUAAAUGCUAAGUGUUAACAUUUAGCACUAACUACGUUGUUAAGCAAAGGGCCUUUUCUACAACCUGGUCCAUCUCAUUUCUGGUGCUACCUGAGUUGGACACAAUUAGAGCUCAUGGUUGCUAGAAAAGCUAGGCCUCUGGUCACAGAAGCAGGGCUUCGUGGUCACUGAGCUUUGAUCCUGCUGAGUCCAGGCCUAGAUAAAAGAAACGACUUCUUAUUGCAACUCAUUAUUCUCCAAUCUCCUCAUAUACUAUACACAGGUUGUAUUUUCAAUGUGAAUCCAAAGCUUGUCUGGUUCUCUGAAAAAAACUUUUUUUUUUUUUUGCCUUUUAGGUCCUUUACAUUGUGAUAAUGCUGUAUUUAAAGAGAAUAUUUAAAUGUAAUAUUAAAGAAAUAUUCAAAA